AUGGAUACAGGAGGAUCAAGGAGUAAAAGGCCUUCAUCUCAAAGUAUUAGCUCUAGUGGAACUUGUGAAAGUCUAGCUACAGCAGUAUCAGUAGCAGCAUCAGUGAUGGGUUCUUCUGCUCCAAAUGUUGACACCAGUUGCAGUGGUAGUGGCGCUGGCGCACCAGCAACAACCACAACUCCAGCGACCACAACUCCAAUUAAUGUCGAUGAUGAUGAUGAUGAGCAGGCUCACCUUUCUGGCAAGAGGUUCAAGAAAUGUACAUUGUCUGUUUGGAAGUAUUUCACCAAGAAAAAGGAGGUUUCAGAGAGAUACAGAGCUGAGGGCGUAUGUGGGACGACUGCAUUCAAGAACCAUUUGAAGUCAAAGCACAGUAUUGUGGAGGGACAACAACAACUUAAAGUUGGAAGGCAUACUGGUGCAAAGUUGUCUGAGUCAUUCACUGAACUUAUGGUUAAAUGGUACAUUGGAAAUAGACUGUUUGCUUUGACUUUGGAUAAUGCUAGUUCAAAUGAAGUGGCUGUCAACGAUAUAAUUUCAGAUCUGAAAGAGAAUGCUAAUAGUUCCCUAGUUUGUGAUGGGAUGUUUUUUCAUGUUCGAUGUGCCCGCCAUAUUCUCAAUUUGAGAUGGGUUGAAAGUCAUUUCAGGAACAAUCAGCAAGUGGGAAGAGCUUAUGAUGCGUGCCACCGAAGCUGGGUUGAAUACAAAGAGGGGUAUCUUGAUGGAUGUUUCAACCAGCAGUCCAACAUUGCUCUAGCUGUAGCCCGUUUUCUUGAUCCUAGGUAUAAGAAAAGGCUGAUAGAGUACUACAUGAAGAAGUUCUAUGGUGAUCAUUAUCAAGUUGAACUUGAUGAGUUUGUUACUGUGGUAAAAAAACUGUACAACUUUUAUGUUAAUUCUGCUCCUGCAUCAUCAAAGAAAAAUAGUAAAGGGGCUGCACGUGGACCUAGUAACAUAGCUGAUAUAUUAAUGGGAAAUAUAGACCAUGACCUAGAAGAAUUCUUAUAUGAUGCAAGUGAACCUGCUAUGGUUGAGUCAAAUGAGUUGGAGAGGUAUAUUGUAGAACCACUUCUGAAAAUUGUUGAUUCUAAAAUGGUUGGAUCAAUUGUGAGUGAUCUUGAGGUUGAGGCUUUGGCUAAUGUUGUGGCUAAACUGAAAAUUGAGGAAAAGGACAAGGAGGAGGAUGAGGACAAUGAGGAAGCAAAAGACAUGGAAAGUGAUCCUGACCUCAUGGAUGAUGCUGAUGAACUAUAG